AUGGAUUAUGUAAAAUAUAUAAUACCUACUGCUGUAGGAACACUAGUAUUCAUGAUAAUAUUUAUAUUAACCUGUUGGGAUACAGUAGAUAUAACAAAAUAUGGAUUAAAAUGUAACCGUAUAUCAAAGAAAUGUGAAUCUUAUGUAUAUGAUUCAGGUCGUUAUUUUGUAGGUCCAAUACACUAUUUUGUAGAAUUUCCAAGUAUAGUCCAAAGUAUAGAUUUUUCAGAAUAUUCUAAUUCAAACAAACCUUUAUAAACUAGAACAGCUGAAGGACUUGCAUUAGUUUUACAUAUUACAUUUUAAUAUUAAUUAUAAAAGGGUGAAUUAUAUUCCUUAUUUUAAAACUAUAAUUUAUUUUAUGAAUAAACAUUUAUAAAAAUAGCAAGAGAUAUAAUUUUGUAAUCUGCCGGUAAUUAUUAAGCGCCUUAAUAUUGGUAAGAAAGAUAAAAAAUAGUAAAUGAAAUGAAACAAUAAUUAAACACAGAAUUAUUAAAAGCACAUGCGAAUUGUAAAUUCUUUGCUCUUUUAAAAAUAGAUCUUCCUGAUUAAUAUGAAUAAUCAAUAGUUUAAACUCAAGUUGAAACUUAAUAUAAAACAAUGAAGGAAUUCGAAAAAUAAACAAUUUAAAUUUAAUAAGAAUUAGAUGUCAUGAUAUCAGAAAAUAACUCUAAAAUAUAAUAUAUAAAUGCCUAAGCAGAUGCAGACGCCUUUAAAAUAAAAUAGGAAGCACAAUCAAAAGCAAUCUAAUUUAUUUUAUAAAGUGAAAAUUAAGCAUAUUAGAAAGUUAAAAGUGUAAUCAUAUAAAUACAUAUAAAAUAUAUAAAUAUAUAAAUAUAUAAAUAUAUAUAUAUAUAUAUAUAUAUAUAUUUUAUAAGGAUUGUGGAUUAAAUAAUUAAGAUUUAAAUAAUUAUAUUUAUUAUAAUUCUUUAUUAGAAAAAAAAAAUAUUCUUUAAAUUUAUUUGGGCGUUAAUGAUAUAUUUGUAGAUGCAAGAAAAAAUUAAAUUUGAUAAAAUUAUUUAAUAUUCUUUUUUUUAAAUAAAAAUUAAUAAUUAAAUUGAAAAAAAACCAUAAUAUUUUCAUUAUAAUUAAAAAUUAUUAUAAAUAAAUAAUUUUCAUAUUUUAUAAAAAAAUAAAAAAAUAAACAAUAAAUAUAUUAUAUUCGAAAAAUGA